AUGGGGCCGCGGGCGUCCCUGAGCCGGCUCCGGGAGCUCUGUGGUCACUGGCUGCGGCCAGCUCUGCUCACUAAGAAGCAGAUGCUGGAACUGCUGGUGCUGGAGCAGUUCCUCAGCGUGCUGCCCCCACACCUCCUGGGCCGUCUGCAAGGGCAGCCACUCAGAGACGGGGAAGACGUGGUGCUGCUGCUGGAGGGCAUUAAGAUGGAGACCAACAACGUGGGACCGCUGGAUUUUAGCUUUAGUGCUGGCAAGAAUUACCCUGGUACAGAUGCCACCUCGGAGGAGCAAGGGGGCACUCCCCAGGCCACUAGCCAAAUCUACAAAGAGGAAGUACCUCCACAGGAUCCUCGUGCAUCGAUGGAACUACCUUCAUCCCAGCCAGAGGCCACCAAGUCGGCUGAGCAAGAAGCCUGGGUACCCAGCCCAAGUUUAACACAACUCCAGAGCCCUGCCCCCAAAAGAACCUUCCAGAGUCUUCAAGAAAGUGCUCCCUGGGGCCCUGUGCUGUGGUCAGAGAAUUACCAGGAUCAAGAACUGGCUGCUGUGUUGGAGUCCUUGACCUUUGAGGAUGUUCCUGCAAAGAAGGCCUGCGCUGCGCACCCUCUAGGGUCUGGAAGCAAGACCCCACACAAGGAGGAAGUUAAACAGGAAAAACCCAAAGAGGCUGUCUCCGAUGAUGCUCAAAAAAAUAGUCCCAUUGAAGCAAAAGACCACUUUCCGGCGACCAGCUGGGGUCCUGAGAAGGGCACAGCCACUGGAGAAGGCCUCUCUGGCACAGCUGAAGGUGUGGAGGCGCCAGCCCUGGCUCCGGAGGCAGCGGCGGAGGGUCCCUCCAAGGAUGCACCUCUCAUCUGCACCAAGUGCGGGGCAAGCUUCCCGCACCUGUCGCGCCUGGAGGCGCACCACCGGCACUCGCACGCACGGGGACGCUCCUUCCCGUGCCUGAGCUGCGGCAAGAGCUUUGGCCGCAGCUCCAUUCUCAAGCUGCACAUGCGCACGCACACAGACGAGCGCCCGCACGCUUGCCACCUGUGCGGCCAGCGCUUCCGCCAGAGCUCGCACCUGACCAAGCACCUGCAGACGCACUCGGAGCCUGCCUUCCUGUGCGCCGAGUGCGGCCAGGGCUUCCAGCGGCGGACCAGCCUCCUGAAGCACCUGCUGGCGCACUCCCAGGACCAGGGUCACAGCCAGAACCAGAAGCCACCCGCGCGGCCACGAGAGCCUGGGUCCUUCCUGUGCUCACACUGCGGCCAGAUCUUCCAGCGCCACUCCAGCCUCAAACGCCACCUGCGCAUGCAUGCCAGGGAGAAGAACCACCAGUGCGCUGAGUGUUCCAGCACCCUCCAACCCACCUCAGAGCACAGGCCCUAUGUGUGCGACGUCUGCGACAAGGCCUUCCGGCGCAGCGAGCACCUGGUGGCCCACCGGCGUGUGCACACAGGCGAGCGGCCCUUCUCCUGCCAGGCCUGCGGCCGCAGCUUCAGCCAAAGCUCACAGCUGGCCAGCCACCAGCGGGUGCACACGGGUGAGAAGCCCUACGCCUGCCCGCAGUGCGGGAAGCGCUUUGUGCGGCGCUCGGGCCUGGCCCGCCACCAGCUGAUCCAUGGAGGUCCCCGGCCCCAUUAUUGCACCCAGUGUGGCAAGACCUUCGUGCAGACGCAGGACCUCGCCCGACACCGGCGCAGCCACGCGGGGGAGAAGCCCUGCUGCUGCAGCGAGUGUGGCGAACGCUUCAGCCAGAUCUCGCACCUGACCCGCCACCAGCGCAUCCAUACCGGGGAAAAGCCACACGCCUGCGACACCUGUGGCCACCGCUUCCGCAACAGCUCCAACCUCACCCGACAUCAGCGCAGCCACACCGGCGAGCGGCCUUAUAGCUGCCCUACAUGUGGCCGCAGCUUCCGGCGCAAUGCGCACCUGCAGCGGCACUUGGUGACCCACGGAGAGGCUGGAGAGGAGGCAUCUGGGGCACAGCAGCUGGAGGCCCCCCAGGAAUGCACAGAGUGCGGCAAGAGCUUCAACCGCAGCUGUAACCUGGUGCGGCACAUGCUGGUCCACACGGGCGCCAGGCCCUACUCCUGUCUGCAGUGCGGUCGCGGCUUUAGCCGCAACUCACACCUGCUGCGUCACCUGAGGACCCAUGCUCGCGAGAACCUCUACUAG